AUGGUGCUGCUGUGGAGCACAGAGCUCUUCCCUUCCCCAGAGGACUGGCAGGGCCUGGAGGGCACAGCUUACAGGCUCUUGGUGAUUCUUCUCCACUGCCUGCCCAUCCAUCACCUGCCUGACCUCCAGCACCCAGAAAAGAACAUCUUCCAAGAAGUCCUGGACCUCAUCUCCCUCUACCUAUCACUCCUGCAUCUCCCUGCUAAGAAUGGGUCCUGCUGGAACACAGCCUGCUUUGACAUCCUGCUCAGCCAGAUCCAGCAAGAAACCACCAAGCAGAGCUGA